ACACAGGUGUGCUAUGGCGCUAGUUCCUCAUUCCUAGCUACUAAAACAGGCCACACAUCCGUACACUCUAUACUGGCUUACUCUACGGCGGGAGCUUCUCUCCGCCCGCUUCUGUCCGGAUUAUUAGCAGUUGGAGAAGAGACAGCCGUGUGGCGACGGGUGAAGAUGGAACGAGCAGUUUUCCUUGCUUCGUGUCUUGCAACCUUUGUUUUUACUACCGACGCAGCCGAUGAGGGAGAUGGCAGUAGCAGUGGAGAGGAACAGAGUGGGGGCGACUCGGGAGACUCUAACAACCAACUCACUCCCCUCCUCAUCUCAGUCAUUGCGCUCAUCGCUGUCUUUGCUAUUGUCAUCAUCGUUCUCACCGUGGCCAUAGUCGUCAUGUGCAGAAGACAGUCCAAUAGGAGGGUGUACGUCCGCUCAAAAGAAUUCAACACAUACAGAGGAUUCAGCCAAGAGAGGACACAGUCCCCGCCUGAGAGUACAGUGAUUGAUCCUCUCUCUCGUCCCUUCUCCACACGGAGCACCCGCUCCCACUCUCACAUCCCCACCUCCCCACUCUCCCCAGCUCCUCAUACGGCGGCCGCCACAACCUCCCCUGCUUCUGCCGCUCGCCAGCAUCGCUCCUUCUCCACCUCUGCCCUGGACGCACACACCUACAACCACCUCAGGGACCACGAAGGAAUGCAGCCACUUCCACCAGACUACCCCAAAAACGAGUACUCGCGUCUCGGCCCACGUUCCGAGACCCCGCCCCUGCGCCCACCCAAACCCGCCCACAUGCAACAGAGCGGACCCGCAGAUGAACCCCAAUCAAAUUUCGGCCCUGUCGACCCCCCAGUUUCGGCUACCAACCCCACGCCCCUGACUGGGAGCGAGAGAGGUGCAGUAGCUGCUGUAGGGAGGCACGUGAACGGUGUCAGCUUGCUGGACUCGGCAGAAGGGGACAUCGAUAGUCGAACUGAAGAAGGAGGAGGAGGAGGAAGGGGGAACGGGGGAAGUGAUGAAGUGUUUGUUCGUCGGUCAAUAUACGACACGAUGACCACUGAUGGGCUGCGAACUGAGCCAAAGGGAGUCUUGGCCAUCCUGGGAGAGUCUCCCUCUAUCGACAAUUUAGACGCUAGAGACUACGAUAAACUGGCUCUAGGUACAGGAGCACAGCCACCGUCCACAGCAGUGACGGUGGCUGCGUCCCCUUCACCCCAUUCGGGUAGUCGUAAGCAGCGAAAGUCGAGUGUCAAAAUCUUUGACGAUCCCACGUACUCCCCACCUUUAGAAAAAACUGGGUCAAGUAGUAACGGGAGCAGGGCUGACGCUGGGUCGUCAUCCAAGCGCUCAAGAUCAGCCUCCGUGAAGGUGAUUGAUCCUCGGUACGUCGGGGACUACGAGCGACACCCCAGCUUCGUUCCUCCUCAAAUCGAGAUCCCGCGAGACCAGCUCCAGGAGAAGUACCGCGGAGACUACGAGAGGGAUCCAACCUACUUCUCCCGGAACCCGACUCGUUCCUUCUCGGUGUCUGCCACGUCGGGUACCUCCGUACAAUGUCGAGGGAGAGGUGAUCGUGAACACCGCUCCAGCCUCACUCUUGACCCUCCCGUGGCCGACAAGUACAGAGGAGACUACGAGAGGAGCGAGGACUAUGUCCCUCCGCCGCAGCGACGGGUCUGGAACGAAGACACCAGAACAGACGACUACGUACUGGAACCGGACCCAAGCUACACGGGGGCGUACGAGCGUCACCCCAAUUACGUCCCCCCUCUGAUCAAGAGGUCGUCAAAGACAAAGAUUCAGAUACUCAGCACUGACACGGUGUCAUCAAACGGUGUCAAUUCUGAUAGACCCAAUCAUGUCCCGCACGAGUACACGUCUCUAGCAGCCGUAACAAAGGACCCUGCUCGGCAGUAUGCCACUCUGAAUUCUGACCGCUCCACAAUCUGUACUCUACCUACUGGCUCUCUCAAGGAUUCUAUGGUCUAACAAUGUAAUGAUUCAGUUUGUAGCCUUUUGUGUGAGUUUUAUAUAGCUUGUGUCAGUUUUAUUCACUCUUUAUCAACAAUACAGAAGCAGUGAUUAAUAUUCUAUAUAGCACCUGCAUUAAUGAUCACUUCACUCAUGCUCUGAGGUAGCACAAUGAUGUUCAAAUAUUGCUAUGACAAACUAUUCGUCAUUGCUCCGGCAUGUGUAUUUUUAACCCUUAUGAUCAUUGCUCCACCCAUUUUUCUGGUGACACACACACAAGGGCUCUAUAAUAUCCCCAUUGCACUGCUUUUUAAUCCUAGCCAUUGCGUUUAUUACAC